GUGUCAUACAGACCGCUGAGCCCCUGCAAAACCCAAAUUUACUGCCAAGUCUUGGCUGUUCUUUUCUUCAAAAAAUGUUUCUGUAAUGGCGGUCUUCGGGUCCCUGAAAGCCCUAAUUGAAAACCCUAAAAGAUCGAGAACCCUCCUCACGGCCACAGCCCCAUACAUCUCGGCGCCUCUUCAGUAUCCUACUCUCUCUUACCCUCUCUCUCACCCUCUCUUUCGCUUGCCGUCUCAGAUUUCUAGGCCAUGGAAGCUCUCGCAGUCCGCCACUCCGCUCUACCUUCGUGGGAACGGCGUCGUUCUCAGAAAGAUCGAAGCUUCCUUAUGCUUGAAUCUCCUACGGAGGAGACCGAGCUUCCCGCUCCCAUUUGAGGUCGGGUCACUCUCGCCUGCUCCGACCGUAUUGGAUCGUGGUGUCGGGUUGAAAGAGGCCAGUGAUGAUUUCGUCAAUUUGCCCAAUUUGAUCUCCAUAAGUCGGAUAGUUUCGGGUCCUUUGCUUGGAUGGAUGAUUGCAAAUGAAUGGUAUUCUUCUGCAAUGGUGGGGUUGGCUAUCUCUGGGGCAACUGAUUGGUUGGAUGGAUACAUGGCUAGGAGGAUGAAGAUCAAUUCUGUUGUUGGCUCCUACCUGGAUCCCCUUGCUGACAAGGUUCUUAUUGGAUGCGUUGCUUUGGCCAUGGUGCAUAAGGGUCUUCUUCACCCUGGACUUGUUGGACUCAUUGUGUUUCGUGAUGUUGGCCUUGUUGGUGGUGCAGUAUAUCAAAGAGCUAGUAACUUGGAGUGGAAGUGGAAAAGUUGGUCCGAUAAGCAAUUUUGUAACCAAUACUGUGGAUCUUGGCAGCUUAACACGGUCUUCCAGUUGAUUUUAGUUGCGGCAGCUCUGCUUCAACCAGAGUUUGGAACCCAAGAUACUCAAAUAUACAUUACAUACUUGAGUUGGUUAGUGGCAUCAACAACAGUGGCUUCUACAGCAGCAUACGGAGCACAACACUUGAGGAGAUCUGCAUUGACUGCUCGGAAAUCCUAAUUCAAAUAACACGGUGAAUCUUUCAGUCUGCAACCGUCAUGGAUUUCAAAUGCAACAUAAGCUAUGUACUUUAAGAAGAAUUUUGGCGAACAAAUCACUCUUGCAGUUCUCGUGAGCUACAAGCGAAGAUUGUGUGGAAGGAAAUGACAACGGAUGUCAACUCAGCGAAGGUGUGAACAGUAGCAAGGAUAGAUUGCUGACCUGUAUAGAAUUAGAGAAAUUUUGAAAAGGAAAUUGUAACAGAUGCUGCUGAUGUCGGACAAGAGUUGUUGGAUGUCCAAGCUUGUAUAGGUUUUUGAAAACUUCUUUCAGCUCGCGUACACCAGUUACUUGAAUUAUUAAUUGAUUUCUCUUCUGAUCUUAAGACUC